CCUGUCACGACGACAGAGAGGAUGAGGCGGUGGUUCUCCGUUGUCGCAGCCGUCGUCGCUGCUCUCCUCGCCGUCGCCGCCCACGUCUCCCUCUACUCCCCCAUCUCUCCUCUCCCUCUUCCCGUCUCCCCCUUCACCUUCACCCCCAACAACCUCCUCCAGAGGGCGGAGAAGCUGGGAGAAGGCAGGCUGGAAGGGCCCGAGGACGUGUAUGUCGACGGCGAUGGCACGCUGUACACCGCCACAAGGGACGGUUGGAUCAAGAGGAUGCAUGCAGCAAAUGGGUCUUGGGAGGACUGGAGGCUGGUGGGCGGCUCGUCUCUGCUGGGAUUCACCCUCUCCGUCUCCGGUGACGUCCUUAUUUGUGAUGCCGAUAAGGGUCUGCUGAAGGUGGGAAAGGAAGAUGUGGUCAUUCUUGCAUCAGAAGUGAACGGCAGCAAGAUCAGGUUUGCGGACGAUGUCAUCGAAGUUUCCGAUGGCAGCGGAGCGUACUUCAGCGACGCCAGCAGUAGGUUCGGCCUUCACGAAUGGUUUCUCGACCUCCUCGAGGCCAGGCCCAAUGGCCGGCUCCUCAAAUUCGACGCCUCGACGAAGGAGACGACGGUGGUGCUGGCGGACCUGGUCUUCCCCAACGGCGUCGCCCUGUCGUCCGACCAAGACUUCCUGGUGGUGUGUGAGACAUGGAGGUUCCGGUGUUUGAAGCAUUGGCUGAAGGGGAAGAAGACGGGGGAAACCGAGGUUUUCAUUGACAACCUCCCGGGAGGACCUGACAACAUCAAGCUAGCACCCGACGGCUCCUUCUGGAUCGCCGUCCUGCAGUUGCGGUCGAAAGGGAUGGACCUGCUCCAUCGAUCACCGACGGCGAAGACAGUGGUGGCGGCGUUUCCCAAGGUUGUUAAGGCGCUUCAGGCCAUGGGAAGAGGCGCCAUGGUCGUGAACGUGGGGAGCGAUGGGAAGAUAAGAAGGAUGCUCGAUGAUUCUGAUGGCAAGGUCAUGUCCUUCGUCACCUCCGCCAUGGAAUUCCAGGGCUAUCUCUACCUGGGCAGCCUGCACUCCAACUUCGUCGGCAAGCUAAACAUCCGCAGCGAUCAUCCGCUUUGAUGGCAGCGAAGAGCAGAAGAGCUUGUCACCGAGCUCCAUCAACAUAUACUCUUCCUUGCACCGUCUCACUCGACCUUCCUCUUCGGAAUGCAUGCCAUGUUUCGAAGUGUAGCUUGAGUUCCUCUUUGGAAAGAUUAAGACCCCAAUAAUUCUGCUGACAGGAUAUUAAUCUAAGUUUAGAGUAUCUAUUUGCAAAAUUUACCUAAAUUUAGAGUA